AUGGCUUGGCUCUGUGAGCAUCGGGCGUUUGCUGUGGAGGAGUUUAUUAAAAAUGGCGGUUCUGUGAUUUCUACUCAACGAGCGUUUCAGAUUCGAUUCGAACUUGGCCGACAAGAUAGUGUUCCUGAUGCGAAAACGAUUAGACUGUGGGUGUCAAACUUUAGACAAACUGGGUCAGCACUAAAAAGAAAACCAACUGGCCAACCUCGUACUGCAAUAACACCUGAGAAUGUGGCGCGAGAGAGAACAUCCAUCCAACAGUCUCCAAAGCGUUCAGCGGUUAAACAUGCAGCUGCCCUGGGAUUGUCAGAAAGAAGUGUAAGGAUAAUUCUGCAUAAGGAAUUUCAUCUGCAUCCAUACAAAAUAAUGGUUGCCCAAAAGUUGUCUGAAGAAGAUUAUGAAACUCGCAGGGCUGCAUGUGACGACAUUUUGCAAAACAUUCCCCCAGAUACUGUCUUCAUUUCUUCUGAUGAAGCCCACUUCCACUUGCGUGGAGCUGUUAACAAACAGAAUUUCCGCUACUGA